AUGACAAGCACAGCAGCCCCUGAGGGCGCCGGGUCGAAGGACGGAGCAGUGGCAUAUCAGAUCGACCAUGUCGAAGCCACGAAACCCGUCGAUGUCCUUGACAACUCCAACGCCGCCUCAGUCAGUACCACCUUCACCUUCUGGGAGACCAUUCGACACUACUGGCGUGCCAUGGCCGUCUGCUUCGCCUGCGGUGUCUGCGCCAUGGGUGACGGCUACCAGUACAAGAUGCCGGGCAACAUUGUAGCCCUCCAGGGGUUUAUUCGUCAGAUGGGUAAUUUUGAUGGGGCAAAGGGCAAAUGGGUUCUUGACUCGCAGCAAGUCGCCGCCUGGGGUGCCGCUUAUGCAGCUGCCCUUGUUGCCAUUCUCCUCAUCGGUAGCUGGCCAGUCGACAGGUUUGGUCGUAAGCCCGCUCUGUGGGCAGUCCAGGUCUUCAUGAUCAUUGCCGCCAUCAUCGAAAUCGUCGCCACCAAUUGGAAACACUGGCUCGUAGCCAAGAUCCUCAAUGGCUUCUCCGUUGGUCUCAACCACAUGACCGCCACCACGUACAUCUCCGAGAUUGCCCCUACCCGUGCUCGUGGUGCAGCGCUGGGUCUGUACCAGCUCUUUUGGGCUUUCGGUGCCUUUACCGCUGCCAUUGCCCUGCAGGUCGUCUCCAUGUUACCCGUCUCUCAGUGGCGCCAUGCCGUGUACUCACAGUGGACAUUCACCGGUCUCGCCAUAAUCUGUCUUAUCUUGAUCCCAGAGACCCCCGGUUGGUACGCCGGCAAGGGCAGGCAUGAAAAGGCAAAGACAGUGAUGAAGAAGCUCUACCGUGGCGUGCCUGGAUACGAUCUCGAUCACGAGUACAGCAUCAUCCUCAAGGAGAUAGAAGAUGGCAAGAUCCUGGCCAACAGCCAGUCAGGCGUAUCUGUUCUCGACUGCUUCCGCGGUACCAACCUUCGUCGUACCAUUGUGUCCCUCGUCCCAUUCAACAAUCAGCUUUGGGAUGGUGCCCCAGUCCUCUUCGUCUACACUUCGUAUUUCUUCCAGCAAGCCGGUGUCGCCCAACCCUUCAUAGCCACCGUCGCCGUCAACACGGUUCUCAUCACCUUUGUCGCCAUCAGUUUCUACACGACCGAUCGCGUGGGUCGACGUCCGCUCCUCGUCUACGUCGGUGCCUUCAUGGUGCCACUCCUCUUCAUCAUCGGUGGUAUCCUCAAGAUGCCUCUCACUACCGCCAACAGCACAGCCAUGAUUGCCGUUUCAUGUAUCUGGGUGGCCGCCUACUCGUCCUCCGCAGGCCCUCUCGGCUUCACUUUCCUCGCCGACUGCUCUACGUCCGUUCUCCGAGCCAAGACGGCCAACAUGGGCAGCCUCGCCUUCGCCCUCAUGUCGCUGGUGACCACGUACUGCACGCCCCUCAUGCUCGCGGCCCCCAACUUUGGAGUUUCCAACACCAUGUUCUUUUACGGGACCACAUCGGCCAUCUUCGUAGUUGUCAUGUGGUUCGUCAUCCCCGAGACUAAAAAUCGCUCCUAUGUCGAACUCGACGAAAUGUUCGAGCUCAAGGUCCCGACACGCAAGUUUGCGACAUUUGAGACGUCUGUAGAUAAAGCUAGGAAGGCUGCUGAGUUGGAAGGCCGUGGUACUACCUAA